ACCAUCUAACAUCUGCUGCAGUGUGUGUGUGAGUGAGUGUGUUUCUCUUAUUUAUUUGUGCUGACUGUUCCUUUUUCAGCUUUAUUUUUCUUGAUUUGUAAAGUUAUCUGUUCCUGGAGACAUCUGGCAACCAGCGAUUUUUUUGUUCUAUAUAUAAAAAUAAUAUAUAUUUAUAUAUAUAAGAAGCCGUCUUCAGAGAUCCACCGAGGGAAGGGGGCCAGUUCAGUCUGUUUAAAGGCACUGCAGAGGAAUACGUUUGACCGGGAGUGGAGAGAAGUUUUCUUUAAGGAACAAACUUAUCAACAUGGAGUGGAUGAGGUACAGCGUCUUACUGUGGCUAGUCUCCGUCUUUCAGCCGCACCAAGUCUGCUCUGACAAGAGGAGUCUCAGGAGGAUCACUUAUGUGCUUCACCCGGGCAAGUCUCACCCGGCUGGCGGCCGGACCAGUGUCUCUACCUUCGGCACCAGGCACGGCGUCUCCUCCUCCUCCUCCUAUACAGUGAGAGCGCAGGGCUCGGCUCCAGUGCUGGAGGUGAAGACCAGUUACAGGAGAAGCUCGCCCCAGGUCAGGACCCGGCGGAUGGGCAAGGCGAGCCCGCACGCCCAACAGCACAUCGCCCAGUUCCAUCCACACCAGUACUACCAGCAACAGUCCAUUAGACACCCCGUGCAGUACCAAAAACAACAGCUUAGCGGAGUUAAUGUCUGCGGUGGUCAAUGCUGUCAUGGAUGGGCUCAAGCUCCUGGCUCUCAAAGAUGCACCAAGCCGAAUUGUUCUCCACAGUGCCAAAAUGGAGGGAUGUGCUUACGGCCCCAGCUUUGUGUGUGUAAACCUGGCACCAAAGGUAAAGCAUGCGAGGAGACGUCAUCUAGCACUCAUUCCACAAAUAAUCAAGACACUGUGGCACCGGCUCAGCCCAUCCCUCAACAGAUGCCCCAGCACACCGUAACACAGAGAUUGGUGCAACUUCCACAGAAGAUCAAUUCACUAGGCCACAUGUCUUUAACUGUCAAGCAGAAGCCUUCCAUGAUGAUGCCCCAGCAGUCUCACUUGAUGCCUCUGCCGUCACAACCACUGAUGAUGCUUGUACAGCGUGGCCAAUCCCAGCAAUUCACCUUCAAACCCAAAUAUUACAAUCAGAAGUUUUACCCUGGAGGACAGGCCCCAGAAGGCUCCCUGCCCCAAACUGCAUCCGGACCCACUUUCCAAGUCGGAAACCACACGGGCCGCAUCAAGGUGGUCUUCACGCCCACUAUCUGCAAAGUGACCUGCACCAAGGGAAAGUGCCACAACAGCUGCCAACAGGGGAACACCACGACCCUUAUAAGUGAGAAUGGACAUGCUGCUGACACCCUGACAGCGCAGAACUUCCGUGUGGUGGUCUGCCACUUGCCUUGCAUGAACGGAGGACAGUGCACUUCCAGGAACAAAUGCCAGUGCUCUCCUAGUUUCACCGGCAAGCUCUGCCACAUCCCAGUGCAGCCUUCCAAUGGCCAACGGCAGCAGUAUCAGCAACCUGGCAAAGCUCCGAGCUCUCCGGUAGUUCAUUCUACACACACAUUGCCUCUGUCAGUCGGUGGAAAGCCUGGCCUACAAAUGAAGUUCCCUCCUAACUUAGUGAAUAUCCAUGUUAAACACCCACCUGAGGCAAAUGUACAGAUCCACCAGGUUUCCAGAGUGGACAGUUCCUCCUUGGGACAGAAGGUGAAUGGUGUCAAGCCGAACCAACAGCAGAUCACUUACCAUGCUCCGAGUCCUUCAGUACCUCACGUACCAAAUUCUGUCUACACUCACCAUCAGCAAGUUCGUACUCAUCACUAUCCCAGAACACAAACAAAGUUAGGACGUUGCUUCCAGGAAACUGCAGGUACACAGUGUGGGAAACCUCUUCCUGGCCUUUCAAAGCAAGAAGAUUGCUGUGGAACUGUGGGUACUUCCUGGGGUUUCCACAAAUGCCAUAAGUGUCCUAAAAAGCCGUCUUUCCCUAUUCGAGGAAAUGGGCAAAUGGUGGAAUGUCCCCUGGGUUACAAGCAGGUUAAUGCCACACAUUGUCAAGAUAUCAAUGAAUGCCAGCUCCAAGGGGUGUGCCCACAUGGAGAAUGCCUGAAUACCAUGGGCAGCUAUAGGUGCACAUGCGAGCCUGGGUUUGUUCCAGGUCCUGCACAGACUGCCUGUGUCCCUGAAAAUCUUUUAAUUGAAGAGAAAGGGCCCUGCUACCGGUUUGUCAGUGCAGGAAAGCAGUGCAUGCACCCUCUGUCUGUGCAGCUCAGCAAGCAGAUGUGCUGUUGCAGCGUUGGCAAGGCCUGGGGCACAAACUGUGAGAAAUGUCCCAUUCUGGGAACAGCUGCCUUCAAGCAAAUCUGCCCUGGUGGAAUGGGUUACCAUGUUAGUCAAACGUUCAAGAAGGUGACUGUCAAGCCUGGGUCUGAUGUUAAAUUCCAUAAGCUUCCUGACUCUACUAUGACUCACCCCGAGAUUAAACAUUCUGAUCCUAUACCUACUCCAGCCAAGGUACCACCAGAGCAACAGCCUUUAGAGGCCAUCUCCUCCACCGAAACUCCACAGCCUGAGGUGUUAGUACCAGAAGUGGCCACCAGCAUGCCUGAACAGGAACUUGAAAAAGACAAGCGUGUCAUGGAAUCUGGCCUGCCCCAGCUAUCUCCCAGUAUUACCACCAUCCAGAUAAACUCUGGCUUCCCUGAAGUGGUAGAAAAAACGUCCCCCCCAAACCCGGUCCACAUUGCCCCGGAUGUGUCCACUUCCAGCUUGACUCAUUUCAUUGCAUCUACUCAAGUUGCAGAAAUUGACGAGUGCUCAGUGAGUCCGAGAAUCUGUGGACCCGGCCAGUGUAUCAACCUACCAGAGGGAUACACGUGUAACUGCAAUCCAGGAUAUCAGCUCAACGCCUUGAAAACCGGAUGCAUCGAUGUGGAUGAAUGUGCACAAGCCCCACGCCCCUGUUCCAAUGGACACUGUAAGAACACGAUAGGAAGCUUCCGAUGCCUCUGUCACCAAGGAUUUACCUCGGAUGGAGGAACGCAAUGCUCUGAUAUUGAUGAGUGCCUGAGGCCCAACAUCUGUGGAGAAGGUCACUGCGUUAACCUUGUAGGCUCGUACAGAUGCCAGUACUGCGACGCAGGGUACAGAAUGAACCGAGGGCAGUGCGAAGACAUAGAUGAAUGCCAGGAUUCCAACAAAUGUCCGUCUGAAAGAUGCAUUAACAAUCCUGGCUCUUAUGAGUGUGUGUCUUGCCCAGAUGGAUACGCAGGCAGAAAUGGCCAAUGCAUAGACGUCAACGAAUGCCUCAACGGAUCAGUUUGCGCUAACGGCAGAUGUUCCAAUCUCGAGGGGGCCUAUGUCUGUACCUGUAACCGAGGGUAUGAACCAUCUCCUGAUGGCAAAUUGUGCAAAGAUGUGGAUGAGUGUCAAGAUGCCAUUCUGUGCAGCAAUGGCCAAUGCACGAACACUGAAGCCUCCUUCUACUGCGAAUGCAACGCGGGUUACCGUCUGGCUGCCACAGGGGACCAGUGUGAAGACAUUGACGAAUGCCAAGAAACUGCAGAUGCUUGCCAGGGGGGCGUGUGUGUCAACAACGCAGGCUCCUUUACAUGCACUUGUCCAAGUGGCUUCCAGCUGGUGGAUGGUGUAAAGUGCCAAGAUGUAAACGAAUGCCUUACACCCGAGCUUUGUACCCAUGGAGAUUGCCAGAACACGGAGGGUUCAUUCUACUGUGAUUGUCAGAAGGGAUUCACAGUCUCGUCAGAUGGGCACAAAUGUGAAGAUGUCGAUGAAUGCACAAACGACACAGUAUGCGGCAGUCAUGGUUUCUGUGAAAACACAGCUGGGUCCUUCCAAUGUCUCUGCGACCAGGGCUUUCAGGAUCUACUGGAGGGGCAAGGGUGUACGGAUGUAAAUGAAUGUGAGAUGAUCAGCGGAGUUUGUGGUGAAGCUCUCUGUGAGAAUGUGGAAGGCUCAUUUCUCUGCAUCUGUCCUGAAGAUAUCCAGGAAUUUGACCCAAUGACUGGAGAGUGCCGUUCCCCCGAGCCUCCAGCGCUUGAACAGACAGAAGAGAAAAAGGAAUGCUACUACAAUCUAAAUGAUGCCCACUUCUGUGACAAUGUCCUGACUUCCAAUGUCACUAAACAGGAGUGUUGCUGCACCCUGGGAGCAGGCUGGGGUGAUAACUGUGAAGUGUUCCCCUGUCCGAUGUUUGGCACACCUGAAUUCACUGCCAUGUGCCCCGAGGGCAAAGGUUUCAUUCCUAAUGGAGACUCAGCCUAUGGAAUCAGCGGACAGAACUACAAAGAUGCUGAUGAAUGUGUUUUAUUUGGACAAGAGAUUUGUAAGAAUGGGUUUUGCCUGAACACACAGCCUGGUUAUGAGUGUUACUGCAGACAAGGCUUGUAUUAUGAUCCAGUCAAACUGCAGUGCCUUGAUAUCGAUGAAUGUCAGGAUGCAGCGAGCUGUAUCAAUGGGCAAUGUAUUAACACUGAGGGCUCAUACAACUGUUUCUGCACACUCCCUAUGCUCCUGGAUGCUUCAGGGAAACGCUGCACUCAGCCUCUCGAUUCUGAUGACAUCGAUGAGUGUCAGGAUCCAUCAAAUUGCAUUGAUGGUCAAUGCAUUAACACUGAUGGCUCGUACAACUGUUUCUGCACGUACCCAAUGAUUCUGGACUCUUCAGGGAAACGCUGCAUUGAGCCUCCAGAUACUAUUGAACAAACCGAUGAAGAGAAUGUUUGCUGGCAGGCAGUGAGCAGUCAGGUUGUGUGUGGCUCGCCCUUGGUGGGAAGGAGGACUACUUACACCGAGUGCUGCUGUAUGUACGGCGAAGCAUGGGGUAUGGACUGUGCCCUUUGCCCCCUGAGAAACACAGAUGACUAUGCAAGACUUUGUAACCUUCCUGUUACUGGGAGACGUCAUGAGUAUGGCCAGGAUGCAUUAAUGGCUCCCUACCAGCCUGACUAUUCAGUCUCACCUUCCGAAUAUGAUUCACAGCAGUCGCUCCGCGGAAACCUGCCUUUCUUUGUAGACGGACACUAUCCAUUUGAUAGUUUCGAGGGACUGCAGGCUGAAGAAUGUGGUAUCCUGAAUGGCUGCGAGAAUGGACGAUGUGUCAGAGUGCAGGAAGGCUACACGUGCGACUGCUACGAUGGCUACCAGCUGGACAUAACCAAGCUGGAGUGUGUUGAUGUUAAUGAAUGUAUCGAGCUCAAUGACAAAAUGUCACUGUGCCGGAAUGCUAAAUGCAUCAACACCGAUGGAUCAUACAAGUGCGUGUGUCUGCCUGGCUACGCCCCUUCAGAGCAGCCCAAUUACUGCGUAACUACAGAGACAGAGAAAGAGACAAAGCUGGAGUAAUUUGCGAAGAGCUUCACCCUCACUGUACAAAUCCCACACUUGGUCUGCAACCACCUCUCCCGCCCCCAGCGACCCCCCCACCCAGCCUCC